AUGGAGACGCGACAUCCCAGACGCUCCCUCGUAUUCGCGGCUGGGGUCACCGGAGUGCCCACCACCUCGCGGCCAGCCGGUCUGCCAGAUCAGCCGAUCCGGAGCGGCAACCUUGUCCCUGCUGCGCGUUUCGACGAAUACAACGGUAGCGGCGGCGCGGCUACGACGGUGGCGGCAGCUGCCGGCGGCAGUGGCCUUGAACCACGGUGCCUUGAACGGAAGCCAGCAGGAUGCGAGCAGCAGCAGCAGCGCCACCUGCUGCCUGCGUUGGCCACGCAUCAAUGCCCCGUCUGCUGUCGUCUGUUCCUGGACCACCGCGAAGCCGAGGAACACAUGCAGGGCCACGCUGCGGCGGUUGCUGCCGCCACUGGUGUGCCAGACGGUCAACAGGUGGCGCCACCGGCGGUACCUCCGCACCUUGUGCAUCAGCAUCCCGCAGCCGUCGCCGGUUCCUCAGCGUCGUCUGGAGUUCACUAUUGUUUCGUCUGCUCCAAGUCGUUCGCCACGGCCAGCAACCUGCGCACGCACAUGCUCUUACAUAUGGGCAAGAAACCACACACUUGCCAGGUGUGCGGCAAGCAGUUCAGCGCCUCGUCGAACCUGAAGGCGCACGCGGUGGUGCACACGGGCGAGCGCCGGUUCCGGUGCGCCGACUGCGGCAAGGCGUUCGCCACCUCGAGCCACCUGAAGACGCACGCCAUCGUUCACAGCGGCCGGCGGCCCUUCCAGUGCGAGAUCUGCCUGCGCGAGUUCUCCGUCUCCUCCAACCUGCGCUCGCACAUGUUCGUCCACACGGGCGAGCGGCGCCACGAGUGCCAGUUCGUGCACCACUGA